AUGUCUGCUCCGAUUAGAACCAAGCCCAAGUCCUCGAUGAAGAUCGAUAAUGCUCCAACGCCACAUAACACCCCAGCUAGUGUUUUGAACAGCAGUUUCUUGAAGAAUGGGAACCCUGUGAAGAACGAGAGCAAGGGAGAGACUAUCCCACAGACUAUUAGUGAGGAAGAUUUGCAAAGUGCACUUUCCAAACAACCAUUCUUGUUACAAAGUAUUCAGGAUAAGUUGGGCACUUUGGUGGGACAGGACAGUGGGUACCUGGAUCAGUUGCCUGAAAGUGUUAAGGAGAGAAUUUAUGGUUUGAAAGCCAUCCAAAAGAACCUAUUUGCUCUAGAGAAGGAUUUCCAAGUUGAGAUGUUCGAAUUGGAACAGAAAUAUCUAGAGAAGUACGCUCCUUUGCACGAACGUCGUUAUAAGAUGGUCACUGGAAAAGAAGAGCCUACUAGUGAGGAAGUGGCCAAGGGUAAAGAACUGGAAGGUGAAGAAGAAGAACAAGCCCAAGAAGCCGAACAAGAAGCACAAGAAGCACAAGAACCAGUUAAGGGAAUCCCAUCUUUCUGGCUCACCGCGUUGGAGAAUUUGCCCGUAGUUUCUGACACCAUAACGGACCGUGACGCAGAAGUCCUAGAUUUCUUGCAGGACAUUAAGUUACAAUAUUUGACUGACGGGAGACCAGGUUUCCAAUUGGUGUUUGUUUUUGACCCAGAUACGCCUUUUUUCAAAAACAAGACGUUGACCAAGACUUACUACUACCAAAACGAACUCGGCUACUCCGGUGAUUUCAUCUACGAUCACGCUGAAGGAGAAGAGAUUCAAUGGGCCGAUAAUGAGUCCAACACAACUAUCGCCGUCGAAAUGCGCAAACAACGUAACAAGGCCACCAAACAAGUCAGAACUAUUGAAAAAAUUACCCCAGUGGACUCGUUCUUCAACUUCUUUGACCCACCAAAGGUUCCAGCCCGCGAUAACACUCAGGAGGAAGACCAGGACGACCAAGAAGAUGAUGAAUUACAAGAACUGGAAGAACGUCUUGCACUGGAUUACUCAAUUGGUGAACAGCUCAAGGACAAAUUGAUCCCAAGAGCCAUUGACUGGUUCACUGGUGCCGCACUCGAAUUCGAAUUCGACAACGAGCUGCUCGAUGAUGAGGAUGAACAGUUCGACGAUGAAGAUGACGAUGACGAUGAAGAUGACGAUGAAGAAGAGGAAGAACAAGACGAAGCAGAACAGGAAGAACAUGACGACUUCGCAGGUAAAGAGAACCCACCAGACUGCAAGCAGUCCUGA